AUAUAGUCAUUCUCAGAAAGUUGGGUUUGACUCGCGCACCAUGAAGUGACCUUACAGUAUUUAAUACAGUCUGUGUGUUUCAGGGAUGCUGGAGGACGGCGGCGAUGGUCUCCACAUCUCAGACGCCUUCCAUAAAGCCUUCCUGGAGGUGAACGAGGAGGGCAGCGAGGCGGCAGCAGCCACCGCUGUGGUCGCCAUCGGACGCUCCUUCAACUUCAACCGGGAGGUUUUCCAGGCCGACCGACCGUUCCUGCUGCUCAUCAGAGAGUCGAGCAUCAACACGCUGCUGUUCACCGCCCGAGUGGCCGACCCCUGCAACCAAUAAAAACUCUGAGCUCAAAAUCAAGUACUAACAAGUAAAUGUACACGUUCCUCUGUAACAGGCAGCGUGUGUCUGACCACGUAAAAAGAAUCAUCACACCUGA